AUGUUUUGGUUAUGGCUAACUUUGGGCAUCGUGGUUUUAACCACAGCAAAUGCUGAACAUCCAUUCUGGAUACAAGAAAUCGAAGAACUGCCAGAUUUAUCUUAUUCGGCAGUGUCUAGAAACACUGAAAACGUUUAUCGAUUACCAGAAAAUGUUGUGCCUUUGAAUUAUGAUAUUUACAUCGAUUUGUAUUUUGCUGAGAGACAGGACAGGCCUUUUAGUUACGAUGGACUGGAAUUCAUUACCAUACAGGCUAGAGAAGAAAAUGUUACAAAUGUGAUUCUGCAUUCUAAUGUCGAUCAAAUAAAUUCCGUUUCCCUACUUUCUGAAAAUGAGCAGUUAUUUCCCUUGGAUACUGACGAGCCCUUUACUUUAGUACCUCAAUAUCACUUCCUAAGACUAAAUUUACAACAAGCACUUGACCUUGGCAGUAAUUAUACACUAAUAAUUAAUUAUACUAGUACAAUGAAUGAGGGGCCAAUGAAGAGAGGUCUAUGGAGAGGGUGGUAUAUUGAUGACGAAGGAGUUGAAAGAAUAUAUGCAGGUACACACUUUCAACCAUACAAUGCAAGGCAAGCUUUUCCGUGUUGGGAUGAGCCGUUAUUUAAAGCAGUGUUCAAAAUUCAUCUUUCAAAGCCGUCAAGUUACUCGGGUACAUUCUCCAAUACUGGUGUAGAAAGCACUGACAUAUUACCAAAUAAUAGAACACAGGACAACUUUUUAGAAACCCCUAUAAUGUCUUCCUAUCUUGUGACUUUCUUAGUUAGCGAAACGUUUCAAGUCAUUGCUAGUAACACGUCUCUAACUCCACCAGUAAGAAUUAUAGGUAGAUCAAAUACAGCAGGUUUAGGGGAUCACGCUCUAGAUCUGACAGUUAAAAUGACAGAACAUUUUAAUGAAUAUUUCCAAAUACCGUAUCACACUUUACACCCAAACCUUCUAAAUGAUCACAUUGCGUCUCCGGAUUGGGCAUCAGCAGCGACUGAAAAUUGGGGCAUGGUCAGUUACAGGGAAUUGUACAUGAUUAUUGAUCCUCGGGAAACAAUUAUGUCAGUUGAACACUACGCUGCUACUUUGGUUUCACACGAAUUAGCUCAUAAAUGGUUUGGCAAUUUGAUAACUUGCUUUUGGUGGAGUAAUACUUGGAUUAAUGAAGGUUUCGCUAGUUAUUUUGGAUAUAUGUCUGCCCAUCAGAUGUUCCCAAAGUACGAUCUGCAUGAGCAUUUCAAUACUCGUUAUAUUCAUAACAGCUUGUCCUUUGACUCUGGACAGUCAACUGUUCCAUUAAACCAUGAUGUUAAUACUCCAGCACAAGUGACUGGACAUUUCGGAACUAUAAGUUAUUCAAAAGGUGCAGCAUUUCUAAAAAUGAUCGAAGAUAUGAUAACCUAUGAAACAUUCCGGAAAGCGUGUCAAUAUUUCUUGUUGGAUAAUCCGUACGCUGCAACGGACCAGUAUGACUUAUAUAAUGCAUUCGCAAGAGCUAUAGAUGAAGAUGGCACUUUAAGCGAGUAUUCAAAUUUUAACUUUACGGACUACUAUCGUAUUUGGGUAAACGAAGCAGGUUAUCCUCUUUUAACGGUAGAAGUAGACUACGAAAACGGAGGAAUGACUUUGACGCAAGAAAGAUUUUUCCUAAGUCCUUCCACAUCAUCUACUGGUCAAAUCUACCCAAUACCUAUAACAUAUGCUACCGAAUCCGGACCAAAUUUCUCAAAUCUAAAGCCAUCGCAAAUGAUGACAACGCAAAGACUAGUAAUUCCAAAAGAAGCUGCAGAUGAAUGGGUUAUAUUUAACUUACAACAACAUGGUCAUUACAGAGUUAACUAUGAUCGCAAAACUUGGAAUUUAAUAUCGCAGGCUUUGUUAGACGAUCCGGAAUCUAUUCAUUACUUAAACCGAGCACAAAUCGUUAAUGAUGUUUUCGCCUUGAUGAGAGCUCAGAAAUUAACGUACGACGUUGGUUUUGACAUCCUCAAGUUUCUCAGUAAAGAAAUAAAUUAUCACGUAUGGAAUCCUGCAAUAAGUGGAUAUACUUGGCUAAGAAAUAGACUACGUUACGUUUCCGAGAGCCAGGCGACAUUUGAUUCGUAUAUCCUCGACUACAUGAGUCAAGUUAUCAAUGUUCUUGGGUAUGAUCCGGAUAGUAAUGAGUCGGUUACAACAACCCUGACAAGACAAGAAAUCAUGCACUUUGCCUGCAAUCUCGGACAUGAAGGCUGCAGACAGAAUUCCAGAAACAAGUUCAUCGAAAUGAGAGACAACGAUGCUUGGGUUGAUCCUCGAAUUCGUCGUCAUGUCUAUAUAGCAGGUGUUAGGCAUGGUGGACAGCAAGAUUUUGAGUUCCUUUUAAAUAGAUUUAGAAAUUCAAACUUUGCUAACGAUCAAUUGGAAAUGCUAAGGGGUCUAGGAGCUACCAGAGAUCCACAGCUAUUGACCAGAUAUGUGGAAUUGACUUUGGAAAAUGCAGUUAGAUCACAAGACAAAGCUACAUCUUUUAACUAUGCUUUAUUGGGUAAUCCAGAAAAUGCCAAUACUGUACUGCAGUUCGUAAAAAAUCGUAUUAACGAUAUCAGAGAAGCAUACGUGCAAGAUGCUCCACCAAAUCCCGUGCACACAGUUCUCAGCAAUCUUGCGUCGUAUCUUGAUGAAGCUGGACUUGUUGAGUAUGAAGAAUGGCUACGUAGUACACAGAGCGGCACACCACAAUUUAAUUCGGCUAUAUCUGCUAUUAAUUCCGCUCGUAAUAAUAUAAAUUGGGGUAGAGACAACGCCGAUAUGAUUUUGAGUGCAGUACGAGGCAGCGCAUCUACUGUUACAUUAUCAUCAUUUUUACUAACGGCUAUACUUUUGUUCGCCUUUGUUUUUUAA